CCCGAGCUUCCGGUUUCUUGUUCUUUUGGACUGUCUCGCCAUUUUGAGUCAGUCGAUCGAAGUCGCUGAGGAGGCAGCUGUGUCAAGAGUCUCCCCGGAAAUAUAGCAUUCUCAAGAUGAACGGCUGCCGUGUCUUCAUUGGCCGACUGAGUCCACACGCCAGAGAGAGGGACGUGGAAAAGUUCUUCAAGGGAUACGGGCACAUUCGUGAAAUCAACUUGAAAAAUGGAUUUGGAUUUGUGGAAUUCGAUGACCACAGAGAUGCGGACGAUGCAGUGUACGAGUUGAAUGGCAAAGAGCUGUGCAGUGAAAGGGUCACGGUUGAGCAUGCACGUUCUCGUAGAGGACGUGGUGGUGGAGGAGGUGGUGGCGGACCUAUGGGACGCUUUGGCAGUUACCGUCCAUCACGCAGCAGUGGAUCUAGGUACGGACCUCCGGUGAGAACCGACCAUCGGCUGGUGGUUGAGAAUCUCUCGUCCCGCAUCAGCUGGCAGGACCUGAAGGACAUGAUGCGAAAGGCUGGUGAAGUCACCUUUGUUGAUGCUCACAGACCCAACAAAUAUGAAGGGGUUGUUGAGUUUGCCUCUCGUAGUGAUAUGAAGAAUGCUAUAUCAAAGUUUGACGGGACGGAUCUGAAUGGGCGGAAACUGAAGGUGUAUGAGGAGAGCAGGGGUCACAGCAGAAGUCGCUCCAGGUCUCGGAGCUAUUCCCGCUCCAGGAGCCGCGACAGGUCCAGGAGCCGCGACCGCUCCAGGAGCCGCUCCAGGAACCGCAACCGUUCCAGGAGCCGCUCCAGGUCGGCCAGCCGCACCCCUGAGAAGAAGUCUUCUGGAGACGCCAAAGACCAAGCCAGGUCACGUUCUCGCUCCAAGUCCCGUUCCAAGUCUCGCUCCAAAUCCAGGUCCAAGUCCAGAUCCAAGUCUCGCUCCAGAUCCAGGCCCAAGUCCCGCUCCAAAUCCCGAUCCAAGUCUCGCUCCAGAUCCAGGCCCAAGUCUCGGUCCAAGUCUCGCUCUAAGUCCCGCUCCAAAUCCCGUUCAAAGUCGCGGUCCAGGUCUCGCUCUCAGUCGCCUCCACCACCUCAAAACAACCAGGCUCGCUCCAGAUCCCGGUCCCGCUCGGUGGACAGCGCCCACUGAGUCUUUUAGUAUCGUGAUGGAAUGAGAGUGUCUGCGCCUGCUGCGGCAGAGGCAAGUCGUUCUCUUUCUUUAUUUUGAGAAGCAACGCAUGCCUUUCUACGAGGCUGCAGGUUGCUUCUCAUGCUUAAAAACCUAGUUUGGAUGUUGUUUUUGUUGAUGCGCCUUUUAUAUCAUUGGACUGUCAUUCUUCUGUCUUAGUGUAGCGCGGUGUAGCUGGGAAACGUGAGCAUGUCAUGGAGAGGACGUGUGAUUCUGCUUCUUGUGUUCAUCCAUCAGGCGCUCUCACUGCCGGCACGUGUCAACCUGCUGAUGCAAACGUCUCAGAGUUGGGCUUGGACUGUAACACUUUCAAAUCAUCCCACGAUGAGUUGCCUGUAGUCUUCUUACUGCUCAUUAACAUUCGCAAGAUUCUCGGCAGAUUUCUUUGACAUGCUUGUAACAAAUGUGACUUUUUUUUUUAAUCUGAUUUUGCGACUCGUAAAGCAAAGUGUCUGAUCAAUAAAGACUUUGACCAACA